UCUCUCUCUCUCUCUCUCUAGCUUCCCCUAUUUUUUGAUUUCUUUUGAAGUGUUUUUUAUUGUGGGUUUUUGCCCUGCAUCACGCGUGCUCGGAAGAAAAAAGGGCUCUCUUUGUUUUUAGUUUAGGGAAUGGUGUGCAUUGGGUCGUCGUUUUCCUAGGGGUUUACUUGGCUUCUCUUCCCUUCAUUUAAAAGGAAUUUUUUUGUGGCGUAGUUUUGGUCAUUAUACGGUCGGUGAUUGUGGUGACGAGGCUUUGAAUUAGUGCAAAGGUCAAUUCUUUUUUCUUCUCAAGUGUUGUGCUCUGUUUUUAUGAUUUGAGGGAAACCCAGUUUCCAGGCCUUCCAUUUUCUAGGGUUUUUGUAACAUCAAAUUGUCGGAGAGGAGGGGAGGGAGGAAGGGGAGGUUAGUUGAAACUGGGUUCACUCUUUUGAUUUGAGUCCUGUGAAUUGAAUUCUCUCUUUUCGCCUUUUCGUGCUUGUUUUUGUUUCCUUCUCUUGUUUUUUUUUUUUGCUCCCGUUUUGAAAAAACAGUGGUCAUCCCUUUUCUUUGAAAGGUUUGUUGAUCCGAGUUCUGAAUUCAAGUGGGGAAAGAAGUAUUUAGAAAUACCCAGCAUUGUUUUCCGAUUUUGAGAUAAGAAUGGAUUCAAGGAUGGACGAUGACGUGGAGGGUCUAAAAACAGAGAAGAAGGUCGACGAGGGAGGUAUGAACAAUAAUACUUCUAAGGUGAAAGGUACUGGAAGUGUUAAUAGCAAAGAUAUGAUUUUUCGAGCUGACAGAAUCGAUCUCAAGAGCCUUGAUGUACAGCUUGAGAAGCAUUUGAGCAGGGUUUGGUCGAGGAACAAUGUCGAGAAGCAAAUCCCGACGGAAGAGUGGGAAAUUGAUCUAUCUAAGUUGGAUAUAAAGAAUCAGAUUGCGCGUGGAACUUAUGGCACUGUUUACAGGGGCACUUAUGACAACCAAGAUGUUGCAGUGAAAGUACUGGAUUGGGGAGAAGAUGGGAUGAUCACAGUAACUGAAGCUGCUUCACUCAGGGCGUCGUUUCGACAGGAGGUCGCUGUUUGGCAUAAGCUUGACCAUCCUAAUGUAACAAAGUUUGUUGGAGCAUCAAUGGGAACUUCAGAUCUCAAGGUUGCCAACAAGCAGUCUGAUGGGCAUACUGCAAGGGCGUGUUGCGUCGUGGUUGAGUAUCUUUCAGGUGGAACCCUCAAACAGUACUUGAUACGUAAUAGGAGGAAGAAGCUUGCUUAUAAGGUUGUGAUACAACUUGCUUUGGAUCUCUCUAGAGGUCUCAGUUAUCUACACUCAAAGAAGAUCGUACAUCGUGAUGUGAAAUCAGAGAACAUGUUACUUGAUGCUCAGAGAAAUCUCAAGAUUGCUGAUUUUGGAGUCGCUCGAGUGGAAGCUCAGAAUCCAAGUGAUAUGACUGGAGAAACCGGUACCCUUGGGUACAUGGCCCCUGAGGUACUUGAUGGGAAGCCAUACAACAGAAGGUGCGAUGUUUACAGCUUUGGCAUAUGCUUGUGGGAAAUCUACUGUUGUGACAUGCCGUACCCAGAUCUCAGCUUUGCUGAUGUCACAUCUGCUGUCGUUCGAAACAAUCUACGACCUGAGAUUCCGAGGUGUUGCCCGAGUUCAUUGGUGAACAUCAUGAAGAAGUGUUGGGAUGGACAUGCAGAGAAGCGCCCGGAGAUGGACGAGGUUGUUAAGAUGUUGGAGGCCAUUGAUACGAGCAAAGGAGGAGGGAUGAUCCCUGAAGACCAGAACCCAGGCUGUUUCUGCUUUGCUCCAACUCGGGGCCCUUGAAUUCUCCUUCAACAACAGUUGCCUACUGCCAUGUGAAAAAAUAAUUUCUUUUCACCUAUUUUUGUUUUCGUUUUUCCUCUUACGAAUUAAUACUCUUCUCUUUUGUACUUAUUUUGAAUUGGAAGAAAAGAGACCUGAAAGCUUGGUCGGUUUUGCCAUGUAAGGCAGGGGUGCUCCUUUUGGGCGUGUGUUUUUUUAUUCACAGUUAAUGCAAACAGGUCACCUAUACUGUAACCAAUUGACCAGCUCUCUCUAACCCAUACAUAGAGAGCCCUUGGUAUAUAAGGAUUUGUCAUGAUUCAUUGAGCUAAUAUGUUUAGUUUCCAGUCAUUCGUCUGCGGAUUGAAUUUGUCC